ACUCAGUCUUUGACCCUCGGUUCUCCCGCCCCCCGCGGGCCGCACCGCUGUAACCGUUGUCCCGGCAGUCGCUUGCUCCUUUUCGGGGCCGCAGGCAAAGAGCACAGCACCGUGGGGCCUGCGGCAUGGCUGUGUCCUGGAGGAGCUGGCUGGCCAACGAAGGGGUUAAACACCUCUGCCUGCUCAUUUGGCUGUCUCUGAAUGUCCUGCUUUUCUGGAAAACCUUCCUGCUGUACAACCAAGGACCAGAGUAUCACUACCUCCACCAGAUGCUGGGUGAUUGUGUUUCAGCAGAGCUUCAGCAUCUGUUCUUAACUUCAACUGCAGCCUUAUCCUUUUACCUAUGUGCCGAACACUCCUGGCUUAUCUUCGAGGAUCCCAGAAGGUACCAAGCAGGAGAACAAGAAGAUUGUUGGAUAAAAGCAGAACAUUUCAUAUAACCUGUGGUAUUACUAUCUGUAUUUUCUCAGGUGUGCAUGUGGCUGCCCAUCUGGUGAAUGCCCUCAACUUCUCAGUGAACUACAGUGAAGAUUUUAUUGAACUGAAUGCAGCAAGAUACCAAGAUGAGGAUCCUAGAAAACUACUCUUCACAACUGUUCCUGGCCUGACAGGGGUCUGCAUGGUGGUAGUGCUGUUCCUCAUGAUUACGGCAUCUACAUAUGCAAUAAGGGUUUCUAACUAUGACAUCUUCUGGUAUACUCAUAACCUCUUCUUUGUCUUCUACAUGCUGCUGAUGUUGCAUGUUUCAGGAGGACUGUUGAAGUAUCAAAUUAAUUUGGAUACCCAUCCUCCUGGAUGCAUCAAUCUUAACAAAACACACUAUCAGGAUAUUUCCUCACUGGAAUAUGUCUCAGAACAUUUUCAUGAACCAUUUCCUGGAGGAUUUUCAAAACCAGAAGAGCUUAAGGGGAAAACAUUUGUGAAGAUUUGUGUGGAAGAACCCAAGUUCCAAGCUAAUUUCCCCCAGACUUGGCUUUGGAUUUCUGGACCUUUGUGCCUAUACUGUGCAGAAAGACUUUAUAGGUGUAUCCGGAGCAAUAAGCCAGUUACCAUCAUCUCAGUCAUUAGUCAUCCAUCAGAUGUCAUGGAAAUCCAGAUGGUCAAAGAAAAUUUUAAAGCAAGACCUGGUCAGUAUGUUAUUCUUCACUGUCCCAGUGUAUCUGCAUUGGAAAACCAUCCAUUUACUCUCACAAUGUGUCCUACUGAAACCAAAGCAACAUUUGGGGUUCAUCUUAAAAUAGUAGGAGACUGGACAGAAAGAUUUCGAGAUUUACUACUGCCUCCAUCAAGUCAAGACUCUGAGAUUGUGCCCUUCAUUCAGUCUAGAAAUUAUCCCAAGCUGUACAUUGAUGGUCCAUUUGGAAGUCCAUUUGAGGAAUCUCUGAACUAUGAAGUUAGCCUGUGUGUGGCUGGAGGCAUUGGAGUAACUCCAUUUGCAUCAAUACUCAACACCUUGCUGGAUGACUGGAAACCAUACAAGCUUAGAAGACUGUAUUUUAUUUGGGUGUGCAGAGAUAUCCAGUCCUUCUGUUGGUUUGCAGAUUUACUCUGUAUGUUGUAUAACAAGUUGUGGCAAGAGAACAGACCUGACUAUGUCAACAUCCAGCUGUACCUCAGUCAAACAGAUGGGAUACAGAAGAUAAUUGGAGACAAAUAUCAAGCACUGAAUUCAAGACUUUUUAUUGGACGUCCUCGGUGGAAACUUAUAUUUGAUGAAAUAGCAAAAUGUAACAGGGGGAAAACAGUUGGUGUUUUCUGUUGUGGACCCAGUUCAAUUUCCAAGACUCUUCAUAAAUUAAGUAACCAGAACAAUGCCUAUGGAACAAGAUUUGAAUACAAUAAAGAAUCUUUUAGCUGAAACCCUAUGUGGUGAACCAGGACUCUAAAGAAGGAAUGAGUGCAAUUUCCAAGACUUGGAAGCUCAACUGAAUCGAACAGUUGUGUUAUGCCAAAGAGUAACAAGCUUUUCUUAUUUAUGAUUAUUUAAAAUGAAAAUGCAGAGAAUGUGGCAGCAUGACAGGUCACAUUACAUGUUUAAUCUGGAAACCAAAGACCUGAGGAAUAUCUGAAGUGGUGAUUCACUUUUCAAUGUUCAAAUUACAAGAACACUAUUAGAUGCACACUGUUAAUCUUUAUGGCAAAUUUGGGAACUCCCUGGUGAGGAGCUGAACUCACUCACUCUGAAGCUGUUAGCUGUGGUCCUCUUUAAAUUGUUUUUGGUUGAACAAAUACAAGAUUGAAAAAAAAUAAAAAUUCAUUGAAACUCAGAUUACAUUUCCUACAUUGCAUAUGACAGAGUAGCUUUAAUUUGGAGAGGCUCCAGGCAAAUAUAUUUGAUGUUUGAAAAUGCAGCACAUGAUUCUGGUUGAUUCGGGUACUUUGUGUCAGUAUCCAAUCUUCUUCACCACUGAUGCUAAUACCUCUCUUUGUAUCUGUACACAGCAUGCUAACUGAACCUUCUGCAGAUGUUGAUAUAUCAUCUAUUUUUAUGUUUUUCUCUCUUCCUUGUCCUCUGUCUAGUGAAAUCUGUCUUUCUUUACUAUCAUUAGACACAAUGAUUCAAUAAGUUCUUUUCAUCUCCUAUUUACUUAAUCUAUUACUACUACAUAGUAAUGAAAAUAUCAUUACUAUAAUUUUAAAGGGACAUAUAU